GCUAGAGUAGAGAUUGACAGUGAGCUGAGCCAACGAGACUGUCGGUUUGCCCCAGUGAGUCCAGGCUAUCCAAUCAGCACAGAGGGCAGACCAAGACUUCAGAGGAAGACAGAUGGCAGGGACAGCACGCCACGACCGAGAGAUGGCGAUCCAAUCCAAGAAAAAGCUCACCACAGCCACCGACCCCAUUGAAAGACUUCGACUGCAAUGCCUGGCCAGGGGUUCUGCUGGCAUCAAAGGACUUGGCAGAGUAUUUCGGAUUAUGGAUGACAAUAACAAUCGAACUCUUGACUUCAAAGAAUUUGUGAAAGGAUUAAAUGAUUAUGCUGUGGUCAUGGAAAAGGAAGAGGCUGAAGAGCUUUUCCGGAAGUUUGAUAAAGAUGGAAGUGGAACAAUAGAUUUCAAUGAAUUUCUUCUCACAUUAAGACCUCCAAUGUCUAGAGCCAGAAAAGAGGUAAUUAUGCAAGCUUUCAGAAAGUUAGAUAAAACUGGAGAUGGCGUUAUAACAAUCGAAGAUCUUCGUGGGGUGUAUAAUGUAAAACACCAUCCAAAGUACCAGAAUGGAGAAUGGACCGAGGAACAAGUUUUCAGGAAAUUUUUGGAUAACUUUGAUUCACCCUAUGACAAAGAUGGACUGGUAACCCCUGAGGAGUUUAUGAACUACUAUGCUGGCGUGAGUGCGUCCAUUGACACCGAUGUGUACUUCAUCGUCAUGAUGAGAACUGCCUGGAAGCUCUAAAUGUGUGACCUGGAAACCAGGCCUUGGGAACCGCCACAUGGCUCCAAAUGAUUACAUUUCAAAAACCAGGAUCAUGCUUGAUUUAAUGUUCACUUCAUGUCCACACCUUGCAUUUUAUGGGGUAAAGGAAGGGGCAGAAAUAAAGACACCAAAGUUGUUAA